AAACGGAUGUUGUUGUCAGCUGACUGGACCUCCUUCUAGCGGUGUUUUCUCGUUCAUUUUAAGACCAGAAAAUUAAUGAAAUGUCGGCGAAACCAACUUGUUUAAUAGUAGCGAGUGCCUCUUCUCAAGGAGUUUCAGCCAAAUCUUUUCUUCAAUGCUUCAGUCUUUGCAGCACUUCGUUUAACCUACAAGUCGCCACACCUGCGGGGAAGACGAUAGACUUUGUUGGAGUUGACGAAAGCACAGCUCGAUGGGUGCAAGACUUCAAUGUAAAAUCCUACGCAACACCAGCCAAACUUGAGUCUAUAGAUGGUGCCAGGUAUCAGGCUCUGCUUGUCCCAGACUGCCCUGGGGCGCCGAAUGACCUGGCACACAGCGGCUCCCUGCACCGCAUUCUCACACAGUUCAUCUCUCAGCAAAAGCCAGUGUGUGCUGUGGGACAGGGAGUGGCAGCACUAUGCUGUGCCACAGAGGGGCAGAGGUGGAUUUUUAGUGGCUACAGCUUAACAGGCCCAUCAGUGUUUGAACUGGUACGAACACCUGACUUUGCAAACCUGCCUCUCAUUGUUGAAGAUUUUGUUAAAGACAGCGGCGGAUCUUAUACAGCAAGUCAAGAAGAUGCUGUCCACGUAGUUAUCGACCGACACCUAAUAACUGGGCAGAAUAUGCAGUCGACAUCUCUUGCUGUGAAUAAUCUAAUCCUGCUUUGUAAUGCCAAAUAAAUGUAUCCCGUGAUCAAACCCAUGUCAUUAAACAUUUCUCCAGAACAAA